ACAUAGAAAGUAAAAAUGGCGUCGUUAAGGUUCUCUUUGAUUUUAAUUAUUUUAUAUUGUUUUCUAUUAGUCGAAUGUACGAAAAGAAAUAAUAUAAAGAAAAAGAGACAAAUUUCAGCUGCGAAUAAGCCACCUGUUAUCAAUAUGUUUUCAAAUUACGAUAAAGAAAUAAUUCCUAAACCCCAGACAAUGGACCAAUUCAGGAAACAAUUACUAUACCCUGUUUGGGAAUCGAAUUACGUACAUCAAAUUACGAGUUCCAGACCUCUACAAGAUCAGUCAUUAACUUUCAGAUUACCAUUUUUUGGUUUUGAAUUCACACACAUACAGGUUCAUAAAGACGGAUACAUUCUCUUCUCAGCAGGACCUAAAGAAUAUAAGAUACCAAUAGAUUUUCCCAUGAAAAAUAUCGAUCCAAAGAAAGAAGUCGAUCCUUCGUUAAUUGCUCCAUGGUUUAGCAAGCAGGAUUUUCCUCAAGACAUUCCACAAUCCGGAGUUUACAAGAAAAUAGUAAUCAUUGAUAAGGAACCUGAUAACAUGUUGAGAGAGAGAUUAAUUUUGGAUUUUCGUGAAGGCAUGAUAGGAGCCAGCGAUUUUAAACCAUUAUUCGUUGUAAUUAUAACUUGGAUGAAUGCUACGUUUUCUGACAGAGAUGCCAACACUGCAUUAAAGACAAAUACUUAUCAAUUGGUCUUGGCUACGGAUGAAUUGAGAACUUAUGCAAUGUUCAAUUACGAUCAACUCGACUGGAUUUCGUAUGGAGAUCCUUACGAUGGCACCAAAAGAUCUCAGUCAGUUUUUGUUGGUUUUAACGGUGGAAACCGAACAAGAGCUUUUCAUUUAAAACCAUAUUCACAAAGUCCACGAUUACAAUUGCUAAAAGAAAGAGGAUUUGGAAAUGGCUUAGAAGGACGUUGGAUAUUUCAAAUUGAUGAAGAAGUAUGGCCUGGCUCCUGUAUUGAAAAAGAAUUGGAUCCUAACUGGGUUGACAGAGCUCGUCUCACUUUCUUCCCCCGUUGGGGUAAUAUGUUGGGAGGAACGAUGGUCAAUAUAACUGGUCCAUGUUUUGGAAAAGUGAAAGAAGAAGAAAAUGUCAGAAUCGCUUGCAAAUUUGAUAUAUUUGAAGUAAAAGGUGUUUACAAGGACAUAAAUCAUGCAACAUGCUUUCAACCUCCAGUGUUGUUUCAUGGAUAUGUGGAUAUAUCCGUAUCCGUUAAUGAAGGUCCUUAUCAUUUCUAUGGAAAAUAUUAUAUACAACCACCGGAAAUAGCAAGAGAAGACAUCAUCAUAUACGAGAACAAAGAUAGAUUGUAUAACCCUACUUCACUUACCCUAAAUUGGAAAAAGGAAUAUUUGACUUGGAGAGAUGAUGUUAAAGCAUCUUUUCACUUAUGGGGAUACAGAGAAAUAUCAGAAAGUUAUCCAAAGUUAACUUAUAUAGACACUUUGGCAGAAGGUGCUGUAAUGGUAGGAAAGGAAAGAUACGAACUAGAUGUGGUGCAGUUUGAACAAAGGAGAAAUUACGGAAACACUGAUAUAGUUUUCGGUUUCAUAUCAAUGAAUUUAACCGAUGCCUCAAGUUUCGGAAGAAAUAUCAAGAGAUCACCAGAAAUUUGGAGCAGGCCUAUGCCUUUAGCAUGGUAUUUCAGACCUCAAUGGGAACGUGAACACAAAGGAAAAUGGAGAGAGCAUUUCUGUGAUAAAUGGUAUGACGAUGAGGAGAAUUCAUUAACAUUUGCCACUUCUCUCUUCCGUUGUCCCUGUACCCUGAAGCAAGCGGAAAUAGAUCGUGGUCGAUUUUCACCCGACAGUCAAUGUAACGUCAUAGAUAAAAAGUGUGACACAUUUCACAGAGAAGCCCAACAUUGCAUACAAUCAGGAAGACCUUCAGUCGGUGGCUCUGGACAAUUAUGUUGCUACGAUACUUACGGAGAGCUACUAAGAACGGCUGAUACAAUGUAUGCUGGAAGGCCUUCGAGAUCAUUCAAAUAUGGAAAACAUCCGUAUAAAUGGAGAAUGAUGCUUCCCACAUUAUCGCACUGGCUUCAUGAUGUGAUGCCAUUUUUCUUUUGUUGUAAAUGGGUUAAAGACGAGGAUAAUGCUGAAUCGUGUCAAAAGUUUAAGUUUUGGAGAACGUCACAAGAUUGUACUUCUUAUCAACCACCUGGAGUAGGAUCUGUAUACGGCGAUCCUCACUUCAUCACAUUUGACAACAGAAACUUCACUUUCAAUGCUAAAGGAGAAUUUUCUUUGGUACGUGUACGUUAUGCUAAUAGAAGUUUGGACAUUCAAGGAAGAUUUGAACAAUUUCAAUCGGCUAUGAGCAGUCCCAAUAUUAAUGGAACUAGACUUACAGCAAUAGCUGUUAAAGAUAAUACUUCGUCUACAGUCGAAUUCCGAAUUCGUCCGGAUGCCAGUCGUUGGAGAUAUCAUCUUUAUGUUAUAGUUGAUAAGGAAUUUGUUUACUUUUGGGACGAUACUUUAAGAAUUCAAACAUUCCAAGGAGUCACUCUUUAUCAACCUGCUGGCAUUUGGAAUAUGUCCCAUAUUGUCGCCAUGUUCGAUUCUGGAGCUGGUAUUGAAGUUAUGAAUGUUGAUGGGAAUUUGGGUGUUCAUAUUUACUUACCUCUAAUCUUUUUGAAUAAAACAAGAGGACUUCUUGGCAAUUGGUCAGGUGACAAAUUUGAUGAUUUUGCAGUACCAGGAGACAGACCUCCUGUCAUACCAAGCAAUAAUCGCGAUCUUCACGAGAGAUUCGGCAACACAUGGAGACUUUCACCGAGUGAUUCGUUAUUUUAUCACGAUGUGAUCGAUUUUACCGAAUACGACGAUAAUACUUUCAAACCGGAAUAUUCAGAUGAAGUAAAAGUUCAUGAAAAUUUCACUUAUAAACACGACGUUAGACCUACCUGCAGAGAUAUAGGAUCGUGCUCAUACGAUUAUAUUGUUACGGGAGAUAAAAAAUUUGCAGAAAGUACGAAAUUACACGAAAGUAGAUCAUUAUUCUUAGCAAAGGAAGUGAGGGAGAAAGUUAUUCGAUGUCCAGAAUUACCAAAACCUAUUCAUGGAAAGAAAGACGAAAUUCGUUAUCAUCCCGAUUCUAUAGUUACUUUCAGUUGCGAUCCUGGAUAUCGUCUAGUUGGGCACGAAAGAAGAAUAUGCCAUGGUACAGGACUUUGGAGUUGGGGUAUUGAUCCUAUAUGUAUAUCUGAUAGCGAAUAUGCAGCACAAAUUGGAGGCAUAUCGGCUGGGAUCAUUAUCCCAAUACUUCUGGUAUUCUGUUUAAUUUUAGGAUGUGUCGUUUAUCGAAGACGCUAUACAGAUUAUCAUUACACAGGAGAAAGAGGAAUGCCAAAUCGUGCAGUUGUCGAAAUAAAGAACACAGCAAAUCGCACUAGCGAUAUAGAAUAUGAAAAAAAGGAAAAAUUAGAAACAGAAACGUAAUAAUUCACACGUGUUUGUUUGUUUAUGUGUAAGAAAUUUUU